UACCCACAAGGGAAGGGACACGUCCGCACUAACACCUCCUUGGCACUGAAGUACUGAAAGCUCGCGACGCUGCGCAUCAGGAUGACUUGUGCUGUGCAGAUUUUUGAAAAAUUUCCACUCAACUCUUCACCUCUUUAAUGCUUUCUGACCACGCCCCUACCAGAACAGUAACGCCCCCUUUUCGCGAGUGGCUGCUCGCGGACCUUUAAAGCCACGCAUUUCAUCGCCUCGCUUCAGCUUUAUCGCCAGGCUUGCACGAAACUACAAGGGGGAAAAAAAAACUUCGGAAGACUUUGCGCGUCAUUAAAGCUGCACCGCUAAGAAGUGUCUCCACUAUGGCUGAACUCGUUCACGUCGACAGCCCCAACGUGCGCUACACCGACCAGUUCAUAGAAUCCAACUACUGUUACCAGAUGAGCAGGGUCACACUGGAGAAAGGCGCUUACAAGGUGACUCCCUCCUCCAUCAGUUUCACGUUCCGGACCCAGAGAGCUGUCCCCAAGCUUGGUGUCAUGCUGGUUGGAUGGGGAGGAAAUAAUGGCACCACUGUGACGGCAGCCGUGCUGGCUAACCAGUUAGGCCUGUCCUGGAGAACCAAGAACGGGAUGCAGCAUGCCAACUACUUUGGUUCCAUAUUCCAGGCCUCUACAGUGUGUCUGGGCACAGGCCCAAAUGCGGAUGUCUAUGUGCCCUUCAGAGACCUUCUACCAAUGGUUCAUCCCAAUAACAUUGUCUUUGAUGGCUGGGAUAUCUCCUCACUGAACUUGGCAGCGGCCAUGGAGCGUGCUCAGGUCCUCGACUGGGCUUUACAGGAGCAGCUGAGACCUCACAUGGAAAAGCUGCAGCCUCGAGCCUCCAUUUACAUUCCGGAGUUCAUUGCAGCAAAUCAGGAGGAGCGGGCAGACAAUGUCUUGAAGGGGAGCAUGGCACAGCAGGUUGAUCAAGUUCGUCAGGACAUUCGGGAUUUUAAGCAGCAGAGCGGAGUGGAUAAGGUCAUUGUGCUGUGGACGGCCAACACGGAAUGCUUCUGCGACGUCAUUCAGGGGGUUAAUGACACAGCGCAGAACCUGCUCAAGUCUAUAAAGGUGGGCACAGGUGUCUCCCCAUCUACUCUAUUUGCAGUAGCCAGCAUUCUGGAAGGCUGUGCUUACAUCAACGGCUCCCCACAGAACACCUUUGUCCCAGGGCUCGUUGAGUUGGCUAUUCAGCAUGGCGUCUUCAUAGGCGGAGAUGACUUCAAGUCUGGACAAACCAAAAUCAAGUCUGUGCUUGUGGACUUCCUUGUGAGCGCUGGCUUGAAGCCAACAUCCAUUGUCAGCUACAAUCACCUUGGCAACAAUGAUGGAAUGAACCUCUCAGCACCACAGCAGUUUCGCUCUAAGGAGAUCUCCAAGAGCAACGUAGUUGAUGACAUGGUACAGAGCAACACAGUGCUGUAUGGGCCAGAUGAGAAGCCAGAUCACACGGUUGUGAUUAAGUAUGUGCAGAAUGUGAAGGACAGCAAAAGAGCCAUGGACGAGUACAUUUCAGAGAUCAUGAUGGGAGGGAGCAACACCAUUGUGAUGCACAACACUUGUGAGGACUCUCUACUGGCUAGCCCAAUCAUUCUCGACCUGGUCAUCCUGACGGAGCUUUGUCAGAGGAUCACCUUCAAGACAGAGUCAGAGACGGAGUUUCAGACUUUCCACAGUGUGCUCUCAAUACUCAGUUACCUGUGCAAAGCACCACUUGUCCCAGAAGGCACUCCUGUGGUGAAUGCCCUCUUCAGACAGCGGGCGUGCAUUGAGAACAUCAUGAGGGCUUGCCUGGGACUGCCACCUCAAAACCACAUGCUUCUGGAGCACAAGAUGCAGAGGAGUUUCUUGAGCCGAGAGCCUGCAGCGAAACCUCUGAUGUUGGUAACCUCUGGCAUUGGCAUCAAUAAGGAGUCAGCGGCAUUUGGUGUCAAAAAUCACAUGAUGCACCUCAAAAAUGGCUACACCCCCCAGGUGAAUGGCCAUUCAUGAGAAGUCCAUUUUAGUUCUAAUUUUUACCAUUAUUUUUUAGCAACACAUACAUGGGCCUAAUUCAUAUAAAUAAAUGGGGAGAUGAAGGAUGUUUUCCUGACUCUAAAUUGUACUUUGAUCAUCUUAAAUUUAGAAUGCAUGUUGCAGAUUUCUGCACUAAGAAGACAUUCAUUACAAUUCUUUAAAAACUGGUGUCACUCCCUAACUUUCAAUAAUGUUUACAAUAGAUCAGCACUUUACACAAUAACUUGUAUUUAUUGCCUGGUUUUCUUUUUAAUAUUCUUGUAGACUGUGUUAUUAGGUCAGAUGCUGUGUUAAAGAUUUCAGUUAUUUCUGUAGUGUCACUCAUUGAAAGGUUUCAAAACAAAGUGCUCCUGAUUGUGGUCUCUUACGCCAUCAUGCCAGUGUUUUUCCCUUUCAUUUUGGGAGUCAGAAUUAUAGAAUUAUUGUGGGAAAGACAUGCUAAUGACCCAAAUGGUAAAACUUGGAUUGAUGUCCAUGGAGUUUUAUUAGAACAUUAGAAUAAGCGAGACGAGAACAGUCCAUUCAGCCAAACAAAGACUGACAGUUUUAUCCACUUACUGUAAUUCUUCUAACAUAACAUCAGUUCAAGUUUUGAGGGGGGCUAAAGUCCUACUGUCUACCACAUUAUUUAGUGGCUUACUUCCAUGUGUCUAUGGUUCUUUGUGUGAAGAAAAACCUCCUAAUAUUUGUGCAAAAUUUACCCGUUUAACAAGUUUCCAGCUGUGUCCCCUGAGUGUUGACUAAAGUAUUUGCUCAUAGCUAUAUACUUCAAAUGUACAACAAGCCUUUUUAAAAUCCAGAAAGUGCAUUUAUGUAAAAGGAAAUUUAUAUCAGAUUAACAAAGUAAGUUGCCAAAUGAAAAUUUUGAUUCAUCCAUCCAUCCAUCCAUAUCUGAACCCACUUAAAUCAGUUCAGGGUUGAGGAAUUUAGAAUCCACACAGGCAGUUUUAGGCACAAAGCAGGAACGAGGCGCCAAUCUAGCACAGGAUUGAAAAUUUACAAACAGUAAAAAGUGCAAAGAUCUUUGUGAAAAUUCGUUUAAGAGGUAAUUCUAUAUCAAAAGCACUGCACCCUGUAAAAAAUCUAAUUAAAGCACAAUUGGGUUAUUUACAUUCAAGUCACCAAAUGAAAAUGUGCAUAUAGUUUAAAAAAAAAACUGCAAAGAUCUUAGUGUAAAUUUCAGUGAAAUAGUCGAUGAUCUAAUGUGGUUCCAUUUACACCUGUGAGUUUUCAUAAUGAGAUAUUUAUUUUUAAUAAAAUAUCUGAAAAGAAAAUGAAGAGCAAAAAAUGGGGGACUAAGAAGUAUCAAUUAGCUCUGGACAACUCAUUUUUUAGAUGGUAUCCAAAAAAGGAGAAUACCGUAUAUAGUAUAAGAAUGACCCGACGUGGCAAAAGGAAAAUACUAACAAGUCUUAAAAUUAAAAAAGUUCUGUUAUUGACAAGAAUGGGCUUAUAAAUAAGUGACUAGGAUAUAACAAACACCACCUCUAGCCUCUGUGGUUUUAAAUACAUAAUAAACUAAUAUGAUAAAAAAGCCUUUAAAACAAUUGCAAAUGGCUGAUGAUAUUUCAAAUAUAAAUCAAAUUCCAAGUUUUCCAGUGAAAUCACAGUUCUAAAAAUGCCCAGUGUGUGAAGAAUUUGAAUAUUACAAUCAAAAUUUGAUUCAGCUAGGGAUGUAAAUGUCUUCUGGAUGGCAAUUUGUGCCUCAAUUUCACUGUAUGCUACCCCACUCUUGUAGUGUUGGGUCCCAAUGGUAAUGGCCACCACAUCUGAGCAAAAUGACAUUUAAAGUGCUGAGAUUCUUUACUCCAGUGGUUCCCCAACUCAGUACUAUGGCUGCAGGUUUUUGUUCUAACCAACUCUUGUUUUAAAUUAGACUCUUAGCCUAAUUAAGCAAAAUGUUAUUUCUCAGUAUGAUUUUUUUUUGGGGUCAAAAUAGCAAUUUCUAAACUAAGUUUAGUAAUUUCUUAUUAGAAUGUACCACAAAUGUAUGCAUGUUAUAUGGGGAUAAUUUAGUGUUUUUAAUUGGUUUGUGAGAUUUUCAUUCUGUUUUCCAGGUAUUCUGCUAAUUUAAUCUGUUAUCUACUAAUGAGCCCGUUCGUGGGUCAAAUGCUGACGUAGUUGCAGGCUUUCCUCAUUCUGUGUUGUUUGCCCUCAGGUCUGCUCUGCUUGUUGUUAAUUAUCAUUAGGAAAAAAACAAAAAAAAGAGUUAAGCAUUUAAAGGUAUGGCGAAAAAAAAUUUAAUAUUUCUAAAUGUUUUUUUAAAUGUAAAAAUCACACUGCUGUUCUCUUCUGAAUGUAAAAUAAGAGAAGAGAAAGGACCAGCUAUGUAAAUGAGAUCAAUUAAUUAGGAGCUAAAUUACUCACUCAUUGUCAAACUGGUUGGAACAAAAAUCUGCAGCAGCAGCCAUGGGUCCCCAGGACUGAGUGUGCUAAUGGGUCUUGUUCAGAAAGCGGACGCCACUUGAGACGGCCCUUCCCCUCGCCCAAACACUAACCUUAAGGUCAAUAAAAUAGGUCCCUGAUGUUAAGUCACUAUUUUAGGGCUAAAAUGAUAACAGAAAUGUGAAACCUAUUUAUAUACCUAAUCUUAAUUAUUGUGAAACAACUAAGUGGCGUCUGCUUUCUGAACAAGAGCCAUGCUAACUACUGUAUUGUGCAUUAUAGGCGUGCUUCAUGAUUUAUUCUUCAUAACAAUUAGGCAACGCCCAACCUCUGUCCUCUUAAAUGACUUCCCCAGCCACUAGAGGCCUUAGAAGAGUGCUCUGUCCAACUUUCUUGCAGAUAAUAACAACUUUUACUUUUAUUCAAUGACUUCUUGCUCUGCUCCUGGUUGCUUUUGUCCCUCGUAAUUAGUGUGCACAUGUAGAGCAUUCAGAUACAGCUUUCCGUCUACGUGUGAUCCACUUUUAAAACCAUCUUGACAUCCACUGGGAGAGUUCUGUGUCGGCAAAAGGCAAUCUUGCAGUUCCAUGUGGCCCAGGAUGCACACUGCUUCAGCUGCUGUUCUUUAAGGUGGAGGGUUUGUGUCAGACUAUCAACUGAAAUGUACGUAUAGUAAAUAAAUGUGUUAAUUGUAUCUUGAAAUUUGAAGCAAUGUAAGGUGAAAUGUUUAAAUACCGAAGGUUUAUACUUAAUAUUCAAAUGUAAUAAAGAAACUGAACUUCUUGCCAA